AUGGGAAAUGUUUUGGAGAAGAUACUUCGUACUAUAAUUUUUCCAAACAAUGAUUCACCAAUCGUACAUAAUACAAACCUAAUUUUCAAGCAUUUGAGUAAAAGGACCGUGGAGAAAGAGUUAAUGGCUAGGGAUGAGGACGAAAUGUGGUUUAAACUUCAACUUGACAGGAUUAAUUCACCCGCUGCCUGCUGGACGAAGAAUAAAGAUUUUCUUCGAAGGGAGAAAUUCUUUUUAGAAGACUGUUCCUUGGCUUGA